CCAAUCUUGUUUUUUCUGCGGUUCAAAUGCCAUAUUAUCUGCUUGCUAAUUCUGUUUUUUCUGAUGUGUGUGAAAGGGAAAGAAACGCUCUAUGCAAUGAAGAACUUGCUUUGCUUGAUGUUGAACGAGAGGCAUACACUAAACUGCCUCUCGAAGAAAUAGUGGUUGAGGGACAGGCUAUGUUGUUUAUGGUGGACUCUGGUGCGACUGACUCUGUCAUACGCAAAGAUGAAUUCCCAUUUGUCACCUUGAGUGGGCAGUUUAACUCAUCUAUGAGUGCUUCAGGGCAUAUAGUGAGGGAAGAAUUUACUGCUCCACUCUGUUGUAUGCAUGACGGUAAUGAGUUCAUGCAUAUGUUCCUAUUAUCUGACGCGUGUCCGGUAAACCUCAUGGGGAGGGAUUUGAUGUGUAAAAUGAAUGCUAGCAUCUUAUGUAACAACCAAGGCCUGAAUAUUUCUUGUUGGGACCCCAGAAUGUUGUCUAUAUGUUUGUCUCUGUUACAUGUGUAUGAAUGGGCCUUUCGAAGUGAAGAAUUGUUUGCUGAAGGAAAGAUAAGAUUGCCACAGACCAGCGAGGUCAUUCCAGCUGAUAACAUGCAUUGUACAGCUCAUGUUGUUGAGACAGCAGAGCGAGAGUGGGAAGAAAAAUGGUUCUCUAUAAAAACCGAGGGCUUGACAAUAACCCACAUAUGCUGGAAUGACUCAUGGUGUGUGGCACUCGUAAAAUUGACAGAAAAGCAAGAACAAAUUUUUGAUGUUGAAAAUUCGGUACCCCAUGUUUCCAUUGCAAAGAAUACCAGUCAGCCAUGGGAAAAAGCAGGUGAAUUUGCAAAAGCCUGCAGCGAGGCUGUUGAUUGGGAAAUGUUGUCAGAUAACGUGCAGUUCUCAGAGCAGAUAACGGCACACAGGAGAAGUUGUGUUUCUUUUUUCAUUGCUGAGAGAGAGAGAGUUGUAAUUCAGAAAGCUGUCUCUGUAGACUCAAAUUCACAAAACAUUUUGCCAGCGCACAUGACGUGUGCUAGCAUUGAUUUACCGCAAGAGGUUUUUGACAAUGUACCUGACCACCUGUGGGCUAAAGAUAAAUACGAUGUGGGUUUGAUUAAAGGGUGUGAACCAGUAGUUAUCACCCCAAAAAGUGAUUACAGACCAUGUAAACCUCAAUACCCUCUGAAAAGGGAGGCGCUUGAGGGGAUAAGGCCAGUAUUUGAGGCCUUGUUGGAGAAAGGGAUAAUUGUUCCCUGCCCAAACUCACCUGUGAGAACACCCAUAUUUCCUGUGCAAAAGGUCAGAGAUGCAGGUCAGCCCACAGAGUGGAGGUUUGUUCAAGACCUCCAAGCAGUAAAUGCUGCGGUACAGGUAAGAGCACCUCACGUGCCAAACCCUUACACAAUUUCUCACAGAUACCAGCUGAUGGCCAGUGGUUUUCAGUGUAGUGGAUAUUUCAAGUGCAUUCUUCAGAGUUCUCUGUCCAUUCUGAUAGCCAGUUUUGGUUUGAUUUUACAUUUAAGGGGUAUAGCGAGAGCCGCACUAUUUACAAACUCUGCAUUGCAUUGUUCAUUACAGACACUUGUGUUGGAUGAUGAUGUUGCUUUAUUGCAGUACGUGGAUGACCUCUUGGUGGCGGCACCGACUCAGCAGUCGUGCACAGACAACACCAUACGGUUGCUCACUCAUCUAGCUGAGGAGGGCCACAAGGUCAACCCCAAGAAGGACGCCUUGAUGCGGUGGCCAGGGGCCUACCAGGAUGUCUCAGGGCAGUGGCAGCUGCGGAAAAAGCUGUACAAGCCAGCAGUGAGUUUGUGGGAUACGCACAGCUGCGUAUGUUGGUUUCCUCACUCUGUGUCUCAUAUACUGUUUGGACAGCGCACAUCUCACUUGUCUGCAGCAAGAUGGCUGCGUUAUUCCUGUGCAUUGUUACAGAUGUCUAAUGUCACAGUUGAAAGAUGUACAGUGCUAAACCCGGCGACAUUGUUACCUACACCUGGUGAAGGUACACCACAUUGUUGUUUGUCUGCCCUACGGGAAGUAUGUACACCAAGGCCUGACCUUGCUGACACACCCAUACCUAAAUGCACCCUCACAUAUAAUGUGGAUGGUUCCUCUUCCAGAGAUGACAGAGGCAUAAAUAGGAUGGGGUGGGCAGUUGUGUCUGACUUUGAAGUAGUGAAAUCCGGAUGCUUACCACCUCAUAAUUCUGCAAAGGUGGCUGAAUUGCAUGCACUAACACAAGCUUGUCAACUUGCUACUAAUCAAUCUAUAACCAUUUACAUUGACUGCUGAUUUUACUGACAGUUUCUCUCCUAUAACAAAUUUUACUCCUUUCUCAAAUAGCUGUGUGCAAAUGCAAAGCACACACCAAGGAACAGGACGUGAUCUCCAGAGGAAAUGCACGCACGGAUGCGGAAGCAUCUCUCAUGACUACUAACAAAAACGUUUCUCUUACACAGAU